AUGGCUGCAAUCGAGGCACUUGCUUCCGCCUCAGCGAAGUUGCAAAAAAUCACCAGGUCGUCCGAUAAAGGAUCCGACGGCCAAAUACGUGAUAUCGUUGCGCACUGCAGACAUCUGCUCUCAGCCAAUGCUCUUGACUCUGUAUAUCGUGAUGAGUCUACGCUGGAUCACUUCGAUCCAGGGCGCGAUUCUAUCAUCUAUCUCCUUCUUCUCCGUCUACAAAUUCAAGCUCUACAAGGGGAAGCCCGCGGGACGUUGCCAUACGAUCUACUACCCUCAGGAAGGCUAUGGACGAGAUCUGUGCGCUACUUGGAAAUCUUCGAUGCGAUUCAAGUCCGAUAUACUGGUCAGGAGUUCCGGCAGGUCAUUGAAUAUGUUGGACAAGCCUCGGAGGCUGCGUCAAAGGCAUGGCUCUACCUUCUCAGUUAUCGUUCCUUGACUAACACGGACUAUCUGCGAUAUUUCCUUUACGGCGGAAUGGUUUACAUGGCACUGAAAGAGUGGCGCAAGGCAUUGCAUUUACUGAGCGUUGUGAUCUCUAUGCCUACAAUGGGUUCUGUCAGUAUGGUCAUGGUAGAAGCCUACAAAAAAUGGAUAUUGGUGGGACUGCUUGCCAAUGGCAAGCUAUCUCUACCUCCAAAUGUGACUUCUUCAAGUGUGGUCAAGCUAUAUCAGUCGCUUGCCAAGCCCUACAUCAGACUUGCUGAGACCUUUGAGCGUGGUGACAUGAAGAAGCUGGUGACAGAGGUAGAAAAUGCUCGGGAAAUUUGGUCCAUGGAUCGCAAUAUGGGCCUGGUUUCCCAAGUUGUGAAUACGUUUUCAGGUCAUGCCCUCGUCGGACUACGCAAAACGUUCGCUGCUUUGACUGUGACCGAAAUUCUAGAGCAGGCCCCAUAUUUGCCCGCUGAUACGAUGGCUGCUGAGACAUUGAUCGCGUCUCUCAUAAUGUCUGGUGCGAUGAAUGCCGCUUUGGUGCAUUCUUCGUCUCAGACGAGUGAUACAAUGCUGCGGCUUUCAGGCAUACUUGAGAAAAAGAGUCAGUUGAUGACUGCACUCAUGGGCAGUCUCGAGGAAAUCAAUCAUGCUCUGGGAUUAAGUGAUGAAUUUGUGGACAGCUCCAAGGGUCAAACGUGGAUGACUUCCUCUGAUACAAAUCAAGGCCUGGUUGAAGAUUAUGGGCUCGACAUGGAUGAGGACAUAAUGGGGGGCUAA